UGCUCUCUGAGGAGCGUGUGCGUAAUGGAAUCGUUCUUUCGAAAGAAAAAGAAUUUAAGGACUGCGGUCAGCCUGACUUUGGUUUUUGCCACUUUACUGAUGCUUCAGAAGUUAAUAACAGUUGACACGAAUUUCAAAGAUAUCAAAGUCGACGUGAAACGCAAAUGGUGUGGCCCCACAUGUAAAAGCAUAAAGGCUAUUGAAAAUGCAUCCAACGGUGAUGGCUUGCCGCCGGUGGGAAAACCCAUGGCUAGAAAAUGGGACAUGGAUAAAAUUCAGUGUCAUGAAAAUUCGACCAUGAAGACCCAAGCCUGGUUUCGUCGUUUGAGCCCAAGAUUUCACGAAUUUGUCCUGCACAGACAUUGCAGGUACUACCCAAUGUUGCUGAAUCACCCGGAGAAGUGCAGCGGUGAUGUGGAUCUUCUGGUCGUGGUCAAAUCGGUUAUCGAAGAACAUGACCGGCGAGAAGCCGUGAGGCAGACCUGGGGAAAGGAGCAAGAAAUCCAGGGCUUUAAAAUCAAAACUCUAUUUUUAUUAGGCACUCCAGCCACUGGCAAAGACGCGCGAAAUUUACAAGCCCUGGUCCAAUAUGAAGACCGAACCUACGGGGACAUCUUACAGUGGGACUUUAUGGACACCUUCUUCAACCUCACCUUAAAGGAGGUGAACUUUCUGAGAUGGUUCAACAUCUACUGCAGUGGAGUUCCCUUCAUCUUCAAAGGGGACGAUGACGUUUUUGUCCAGAUCAAGAACCUGGUGGAACUAAUUGGCUUUCGGGUGGAGGAGAACAGGGUGGAAAACCUCAUAGUAGGAGACACCAUUUUAGAAGCCAAACCGAUCAGAAACCGCCAAAGUAAAUAUUUCAUUCCCAAAGAGUUGUAUGAUGAUCGCUAUCCACCUUAUUUGGGUGGAGGGGGAUUUCUCAUGUCUUCUCUGGUGGCCCGCAAGCUCUUUGUGGUUUCUGAGAGCGUGGAGCUUUACCCCAUUGAUGAUGUGUUUCUGGGCAUGUGCCUUCAGAAGCUGAAGAUCGUGCCCGAGCUGCAUCUGGCCUUCCGGACAUUUGGGAUCAUUAAGCGUAAAGUGACUCCUCUGAACCGGGAGCCGUGCUUCUUUCGCAGCCUCAUCGUGGUGCACAAACUCGAUCCGCAGGAGCUGCUGCAAAUGUGGAGGCUUGUUCAAAACGAGGACUUGACCUGCGCCAGACAAGUCGUAAUAUGA